CUACCCAUGAAAAUCAUGUAGGUCCUAAUUAUGAUAGUUUUUACUAUAAUUGUUGACACAGAAAUUUGAACUAUUAUUCAAGAAAUAUCUAAGAUUCAGCUUAAAAGAGAUAUCAGAUAUGAAAUUACAACUAAGAGCAUUGUCACAGGAGUCCUCUCUGAUCCUUAUAAGCAAUCUCACCAACCAAGAGAAGAUAAUCAGCAGUGAUUGGCAAUAUUUAUAUGCAAGACUUGUGUCUCCUUCAUACCUUCUGGAACUAAAUUCAUCAAAUUUAUCAAUCACAAACAUUUAACAAAUCAGAAAUCUGGUUUCUUCCCAACUCAAGUUAAUGUAAAUCUCCAAAGCUAAUAUCCUAAAUAAAU